GAAGAUCAGAUUUGAGGAAAUUUUGAUUUUUAGCCAUGGAAGGGAAUGGUGGUAACUACACUGAUAAGACGAGAGUGUUGGAUAUUAAGCCAUUGCGUACUCUAAGACCCGUGUUUCCCAGUGGAAAUCAAGCUCCGCCUUUUGUGUGUGCACCUCCUUUUGGACCAUUUCCUCCUGGGUUCUCAUCGUUUUAUCCGUUUAGUUCGUCUCAAGCGAAUCAACACACACCAGAUCUUAAUCAAGCUCAGUAUCCACAGCAACAUCAGCAGCCUCAGAAUCCACCACCGGUAUAUCAGCAGCCUCAGAAUGCAUCUGAGCCUUCUUUGGUUACUCCUUUAAGGUCUUUUAGAUCUCCUGAUGCGUCUAAUGGCAACACGGAUCUUGAGGGGUCAACUGUGAAAAGAAAGAUCCCUAAAAGGCGUCCUAUUGCUCGGCCUGAGAAUAUGAAUUUCGAGAGUGGGAUUAACGUGGCUGAAAGAGAGAAUGGCAACAGGGAGUUGGUGGUGAGUGUUCUUAUGCGGUUUGAUGCGUUAAGAAGAAGAUUUGCACAACUUGAGGAUGCAAAGGAAGCAGUUAGUGGGGUUAUCAAACGCCCUGAUUUGAAAGCAGGAUCUACUUGUAUGGGCAGAGGGGUCCGGACAAACACCAAAAAAAGACCUGGUAUUGUUGCUGGUGUUGAGAUCGGGGACGUAUUCUUCUUCAGGUUUGAGAUGUGUUUGGUGGGGUUGCAUUCUCCAUCAAUGGCUGGGAUUGACUAUUUGGUUGUCAAGGGAGAAGCGGAAGAAGAACCUAUUGCCACUAGCAUUGUGUCAUCUGGAUAUUAUGAUAAUGACGAAGGUAAUCCCGAUGUUUUGAUUUAUACUGGUCAGGGUGGUAAUGCUGAUAAAGAUAAGCAAUCAUCUGACCAAAAGCUAGAAAGGGGUAAUCUUGCCUUGGAGAAGAGCUUGCAUAGAAAUAGUGCAGUUAGGGUAAUAAGGGGCUUGAAAGAGGCUUCUCAUAAUGCUAAGAUCUAUAUUUAUGAUGGACUCUAUGAGAUUAAAGAGUCAUGGGUAGAGAAAGGAAAGUCGGGACACAACACCUUCAAGUAUAAACUGGUUAGAGCUCCUGGUCAACCUCCUGCAUUUGCUACAUGGACUGCAAUCCAGAAAUGGAAGACGGGUUUGCCUUCAAGGCAAGGACUUAUUCUUCCCGAUAUGACUUCUGGGGUUGAAAGUAUACCUGUUUCACUUGUUAACGAAGUUGAUACCGACAAUGGGCCUGCUUAUUUCACCUACUCCACAACGGUGAAAUACUCAGAGUCGUUUAAGCUGACACAGCCUUCUUUUGGAUGUGACUGUGCCAACUCAUGCAAACCAGGGAACUUGGACUGUCACUGCAUAAGGAAAAAUGGAGGUGAUUUCCCCUACACCGGUAAUGGAGUUCUAGUUAGUCGCAAGCCUAUGAUAUAUGAAUGCAGUCCAUCUUGCCCGUGCUCGACUUGCAAAAACAAGGUGACUCAAAUGGGAGUAAAAGUGAGGCUGGAAGUUUUCAAGACAGCGAAUAGAGGAUGGGGCUUGCGCUCAUGGGAUGCUAUUCGUGCUGGUUCGUUUAUAUGUAUAUAUGCAGGUGAGGCCAAAGACAAAUCGAAGGUGCAGCAAACUAUGGCUGAUGAUGAUUAUACUUUUGAUACAACCCAUGUCUAUAACCCUUUCAAGUGGAACUAUGAGCCUGGCUUAGCAGACGAAGAUGCUUCUGAAGAGAUUUCUGAAGAAUCUGAAAUCCCGCUGCCACUGAUAAUCAGUGCUAAGAAUGUUGGGAACGUUGCCCGAUUCAUGAAUCAUAGUUGCUCACCUAAUGUUUUCUGGCAGCCGGUUACUUAUGAAAAUAACAGUCAACUCUUCGUGCAUGUCGCCUUCUUUGCCAUUGCUCACAUCCCUCCAAUGACUGAGUUGACUUACGACUAUGGAGUAUCUAAACCAAGUGGGACUCAAAAUGGCAAUCCUUUAUAUGGCAAAAAGAAAUGCUUUUGUGGAUCAGCGUAUUGCCGUGGCUCAUUUGGAUGAUGAUGGGGAGAAAAGCGAUCUCUGCUGAACAACUGGAGUCAGAUGAUUUUGGUAGCAAAAGCUGGAGUGUUGAGUCCUGAUCUGUGGAAUCGAGUACUUUUGGUAGCAACUAAAGUAAGUCUCUUUGAUCUUCUCUUCAACAGCAUAAGACGCAAAGCUGUGAAGGAUUUUUACUGCUUCUCCAGCAAAAACCUUGUCUAUUUCUCGGAUUGUGGAAGAUGUCCUCAUGUUUUUCUCCUUUUGGAUAUGUAAUCAUAUUAGUCAGUCUUCGGAUCGGUUUUAGGACAAAUCUCUGGAAACUCUAGCCUCUUUUGAUUAUAAAGAUUAUUUUUAUGU